UUUUUCUCAUUCUCCUCAAACAGAAUCAAAUUAAAUUAACCAUAUUUGAUUACAAUUAGCGUGUAACAUUACCUGAAAUAGUUAACUCUCAAUGGGUAAUUGUCAAUCGAUUCAAUAUUGAUUAACAGUCACACACACACAAUCAACAUUUCAGUUCCUAAGCAACGUCUCAAUCCCAAGUCUCUUAAUACAUUAACCAUAAUUUAAAUUGUUGUUUAUUGGUUAACUGUUACUUUCUAAAUGGUGACUUAGUUAUAUCGUCACAUUUAACCCAACCCUCGAUAUCGCCUCUUAAAAAUUUAUCAGUAAUUUACUUGAGUAAAACCUUGAGUUGUUUUCUUUGCUUGAAAAUCAGUGAAAAACUUUUUCUUGCAAGAAAAAGUUGCAAGUCCAUUUAUCAUCAACUUUCACCAAACAACAGGUUAUAUUCACAUCGUAAUCUCAUCUGGUGAUCCAGGUAAAUAAUCCAACUGACCUCUUCCAUUUUACAUAAUCAUCCUCAUCACUUUCUAUCCUCAUCCUCAUCCUCAUCUUCAUCUUCAUCCUGUAUCUUACCUUUUCAUCUUUGGCUCUCUCUCACUCACUCUAAAUCUCUUCGGUUAUCUUGGUAGUUUUAUCUGAAUAAUUUGAAAUUAAAUCGACGGUUGAUAAUCAUCAUCAUCAUUCAACUAAACCGGUUUACCUUUUUUUUUACUAUUUUCUUUUUUUUCUUUAUCAAGUUUUUGUUCAUUCUCAAUUCUCAAAAGCUAAACAGGUAAAAAACUAUCAGAUUGAUUAAGUUGCAAAUCACUGAAGUAAAAACACUCAUCAGGAAACACCGUCUAUUUGCAUUGAUUGUGCGUUUGUGUUUCUCUCAUUUGCAAACACGUACUUAUUGUGUAUUCCCUUUGGUUCAUCAAUUUACUCAACCGAAAAACGUUUAAUUGUGAUUAACAAUUAAUUGUCAACUUACGAUACUUUUACUCUGUUGAUUUGUUCCCAAAGUUGAUCAACUGAGAGUGAAAAUCAUUUCCGUAGUUUUGUGUUCUGCCUCUGUGAUUAGGAUUAUCCAUUUAAAAAGAGAUGGUUAAAUUGACGAUCAAUCAAUCAGCUUGUCUUGGUAAUCAAUCUAUGGAUAAACAAGUUAAUCCAAGUGAAAGUAAAAUUAAAGUUAAAAUGAAUAACAAUAAGUUUAGAAUGAAAAAUUUUGAGAAAUUGUUUGGUAAACAAAUUGGAUUAAAUGAGAGGUUAAUUGCUGAUUAUUCUGGUGCAAUUUUACGCGAUAUGAUAAUCGCCGGGCGAUUGUACAUAACCUCGAGCUAUCUUUGUUUCUAUGGAUCGUUAUUGAAAUGGGAAACUAAAAUUGUCAUCAGAUUAUCCGAUAUUUCAUCAAUCAUUAAAGCCAAAACAAUCAAAGUGAUUCCAAACGCAAUUCAAAUUGUCACUCGAACUGGAGAUAAAUACGUUUUCACUUCGUUAACUUCGAGACAAAAAGUUUACAAAACUCUGGUUUCUAUUUGGACGGCAAAUGUUUCUCAUGAAUUAGCUAAUUACGAUUCUGAUACUGAUAAAUCAUCAAUUGAUUCAUCAAUUCGUAAAUGUUAUUCUAACCUUGAAUCUGGAUCUAAACGAAUAAGCGACAGUCAGGUUACUAAUAGUAAACUAAUUAAAAGUAAAAGAAAAUACUUUUCAACGGGAGAUUUAGCUGAUACUAAAUUUAUUAAUAAUUUCGGUGGUAAUUUAUUAUCAACAUUUGAUCCGAUGCCUGAUAAAUCACCAGGAAUCAAUAAGAAAAUUCGAGAUCCAGCUAAAUGUCCACAUACGGAGUCGUGUUUAGCUGAUGUCGUUUUACCGAUUCAUUUGAAUCGAUUGUUUGAAAUGCUUUUCACUGAUUCACCAUUUAUCUCAAUGUUCACCAAGAGUUUGAAGCACACAGUUACCAUGAAGAGGGAAUGGUCAGUUCUAACCGAAAGUGAUCUACAACAAUCAGGAGGAUCUAUGGUUGCAGUUAGACAAUUAAGUCGAGAGAUGAUAUUAGAUUAUCCAUUUGCAAAGAAUAUGUCAAGUGAAGAGAUGAUGUACCUUGAACAUUUCGAUCCUUCCAACUUUUACUCGAUCAAAUUGAUAUCAGAAUCAUCAGGAGUUCCUUUAUGUUCACUAUUUAAUGUCGCCAGUUAUUAUUGUUUACAUCGAACUGCGAAUCCGUCGGAAACUCAUUUGCAUUUUCAUUAUAAAGUCGAGUUUAAAUCAAAGGCUUGGGGAUUCAGGUCAUUUAUCGAAGAAGGAACCAAACGAGCUUGCCAAGAUUAUAUUGACUCAUUAUUAGAAAUGAUUAAAAAAUGGUCGAUGGAUAAUCCGGAUUACAUAGUUAAUCCCGAUUUUCCUUCUCAAUUGAAACCUUUCAACAACGAAUUAUUAUCCACCGAUGAGAAUCAAAAUGAUCGAGAGAAAACUUGUAACAAUCAACAGUCGAUUGUUAAUCAACCAAUUGCUCAGUCAACGUCGAAAUUAACUUUUGCUCAAAUGUCCAACAUGGAAAAAAUUGAAUCUAAUCAAACGAAUUGUCUUUCACCUUCAAUACAAAAUGAAAAUUUUACUGAGAAAAGUUCAUCUCCAGAUUGUAAUGGUCAUUUUGAUGACCAGUAUUUACUCAAUAUUGUCAAAUAUUUGAAACCUUUAAUUGUUUUUCUACUCAUUUUAACGAUAAUCAAUCUUUUCUUAAUGAUUAGAUUAAUUAACACCCAAAUCUUGUCAUCGUCAUCAUUUUGUCCUUCAAAUCAAGUUUCAUCACAAUCCAGUUUCAUUGGUUUAUCAGGUUCCGAUGAAACAUUUGAAUCGUUAACUAAUUAUGGUUACAAUUCAUUGGGCUGUCGACGAUAAUUUUUUGUUAAAUUUAAUUAUUGAUAUUAAUUCAUAACUUAUAUUGUUUUAAUCUUGAUUAUCUUAUUAAAUAUUCAAUUUAAAUUCA